UCAAUGCUUCAACACCAACAUAAAAUGAAAAUUUUAUCCCAUUCUUGCAUUAUUCGUGGAGCAAGGAAGACAGGUGGAUCGCUUCUGUGAAAUAGGUCACCAUGACUUCAAACAUUACGUGGGAGGAAUUUGUCAACUUAAAAAAAGGUUUAGAAAAAUCAAAUAAUGAUCUUGACAACUUAAAACAAAACCUGGAUCAAUUCUUUCUCAUUGUCAUGGGCAUGAUCGUAUAUUUGAUGCAAGGGGGCUUCGCCUUUUUGGAAGCCGGUGCCGUACGCAGCAAAAACUCUACUAACAUCCUCAUCAAGAAUCUCAUGGACUCAUUUGUUGCGGGUAUCGCGUACUGGGUGAUUGGCUACCCACUUGCAUACGGAAAAGGAAACAGUUUCAUCGGCUACUCUUUUUGGGCCUCCCACGACCUGCCGGACACGGAUUUCGCCACCUUUUUCUUCCAGUAUGUCUUUGCCGCAACCGCAGCCACCAUUGUGUCCGGCGCCAUGGCCGAGAGGUGCGAGUUCGUGGCCUAUUUCGUGUACAGUUUUCUUCUCACAUCUGUGAUAUACCCCGUUGUGACCCGGUGGGUGUGGGCUGCGGAUGGGUGGCUUGUGGUCGGUUCCGUGUACGGCACGGGCAAUGAAACCUACACGAUAGGAUACGAGGACUUUGCUGGUAGCGGAGCCGUUCACAUCCUCGGCGGGGUAGCUGCUUUCUGUGGCGCUUUAUUGCUUGGACCCAGAUUGGGACGAUUCCAUCCGGAUACCCGUGGUCCAGUAGACCUGAGAGGUCACUCCGUGCCGUUCGCAGCUCUCGGUGGCUUCAUCCUGCUGUUUGGGUUCCUCGCUUUCAAUGGAGGAUCAGCUCUCACCAUCUCCGGUGAAGGCAGCGGCUCCAGCGUCAGUCUAUCCGUCGUGAACACCAUCAUUUCUGGCUCAAUGUCCGCCUUCGUCACCCUCUUCAUAAACAAAACCGGAUACUUCGGCAAUCGUCACUGGAGUCUCCUCAACACUCUGAACGGUGCUCUCACCGGAAUGGUAGCAGCAUGUGCCGGAUGCAACGUGUACUACCCCUGGGGAGCCGCGGUUGUAGGCUUCUUUGCCGCCAUCUCCUUUAAGGUGUGGUCAACCAUCAUGCUGAAGCUGAAGGUAGAUGACCCGCUCGACGCUACAGCGGUUCAUUUUGGAGGUGGUCUUUGGGGCGUUAUCGCUGUCUCCUUCUUGAAGAAAAAUGACGGGAUCCUGUUUGCAUGGGAUACGCAAUCAGGAUUGCGUCUUGCAUGGCAGUUGACGGGCGUGGUGUCUAUAGCUGGGUGGUCAGCAGCCCUGUGUCUACUUAUGUUCGGAUGUCUCCGACUAAUAGGCAUCCUCCGAGUUCCCGAGGAUCUGGAGAGGAAAGGUCUGGACAUCCCCAAGCACGGCGAGCCGGCUUACCCCAUGGAAUCUUACGGUCAUGGCUGGGUGGAACACAUCCUGCAGGUGUUGGAGGACGGAAGACUGUCAGAGAUCCAGCAAGCGGAAGGUGGGACCGAAAAGCAAGUCGUUCCCGGACUCCUCAACAGAGGCUUUGAAAGCGAGAACCACGCGGUCGGCUACGACAGCCUGGAAGUGCAAGUCAUGAACGAUGGCCGUGGCCUCAAGGUUGAGCAGCAUUCCAAGGAGGGCUUUUUAAACAACGCACAUCGUCAGACCAAGGCCCCACCUGGACACUUUCUCAGCCCCGCCGCCUCCUACUAUACACAACGUGCCAAAAACAACCACGCCAGCAACGGCAGCGUCACUCAGGCGCAUCCCGUCACUGAGAAUUCUGUCGUCACUGCCAUGUAAAGAGAGCCAAGAAAGAUGCUGACCCAUCAAAAACACACUGAACGUCAUGACAUAUCUCGGCUCCUUGAACACUUGGUAGCUAUCUUGCGAUGACAUCAGCUGACAUAUCCCGUAACACCAAGGUUUUGUCAGAAGGAACACAAAUGAUGCUUUCCAACUGCGUGGUUAUUUAACCCGCGAAGUGUUUUCGAAAUCGUUUGAUACUAUGUUUCAAACCUGCGCCAUACUCGUCAAGAACUCUGAUCAAGCCGUGAUAGGCAUUUAACAUUAACACCUGUGGCGAUAAACAGCUUCGACUGUUUGCAAUUGGUAUCUUUCCACGUGUGACACUAACACUAAUGGUCAACGAUCAUGAAAAUAUUUUCCUUACGCUGAUGUUCAACUGGGAAAUAUCCUUAGUGCCUUACAAUAUUUGUUUUCCUCUGUAACUGAUGUUUAACAUAGAUCAUGAGAUAUCCACAGUGCCUUACAAUAUUUGUUUUCCUCUGUAACUGAUGUUUAACAUAGAUCAUGAGAUAUCCACAGUGCCUUACAAUAUUCGUUUUCCUCUGUAACUGAUGUUUAACAUAGAUCGUGGGAUAUCCACAGUGCCUUACAAUAUUUGUUUUCCUCUGUAACUGAUGACUAACAUAGAUCAUGAGAUAUCCACAGUGCCUUACAAUAUUCAUUUUCCUCUGUAACUGAUGUUUAACAUAGAUCAUGGGAUAUCCACAGUGACUUACAAUAUGUAUUUUCCCAUAAAACUAAUGUUUAACAUAGAUCAUGGGAAUAUCCACAGUGCUUUCAAAUAUUUGUUUUCCAAUAAACUAAUGUUCAGAUCAUUGAAAUAUCGACAGUU